AUACAAGCGUUGGAUGCCAAGUCGCUCAGGCGGCUUGUGGCGGGACUUGAGAAAAAGUACAAGGAGAAUCUGGCAUUGCGGCUCAAGUACAGCGACCAGCCGGACAAGUUUUUGGACAGCGAAGUAGAUCUGGACGAGCAUAUAAAGUCAUUGCUGCAGGUCGCUGGUAGUCCCGAGCUGUACCCGGUGCUGGUGGACGGUCCCUGCCUGCCCACCUUGUUGGCGCUACUUAGCCACGAAAACACGGACAUAGUGGCGGAUGUGGUGGAGCUGCUGGCGGAGAUGACUGGGGCGGAUGCCGCUGAGGAGUACGGCGAGGAGGCGCGCGGCUUGGUGGAGAGCCUUGUGGAGCACAACGCGCCGGAGCUGCUGGUGCAGCGGCUGCUGGGGUUUAAGGAGGAGGUGGACGAGGAGGCCCGGGCGGUGAACAACUGCCUGGCGGUGGUGGAGAACAUGGUGGAGAUUCAGCCCGACCUGGCUUCAGCGUUUGUUGAGAAGACCAAGUUGCUGACGUGGCUUCUGAGGCGGUUAAAGCGGCGGGAUUUCGACACCAACAAGCAGUACGCCUCAGAGGUGCUGGCGGUCCUCAUGCAGGGAUCCGUGUCCAACCAGGCGAAGCUGGGUGCGGAGAACGGCAUCGACUUGCUGCUGACGUGUGUCGCGCAGUACAAGAGCAAGGACCCCAGCGUUGGGGAGGAGGAGGAGUACAUGCAAAACUGUUUCGACGUGCUGUGUGCAUGUCUUAUGCAGCAGGUGCAUAAGGCGGCGUUUGUUAAGGCGGAGGGUGUUGAGCUGAUGCAGCUAAUGCUCCAAUCCCGACGUCAAGGCCGCUACGGGGCCCUCAAAUGCCUGGACUACGCCACCACCCGCUUCGCCGCACCCGCGGAGAAGCUGGUGGACCUGGGGGGACUGAAGCAGCUCUUCGGGCUGUUCAUGGGGAAGGCUAAGGUCAAGGGGCCCACAGGCGAGCACGACGUAGACGGUGAGGUGGAGGAGCGGUGUAUCUCCUUGGUGGCCAAUCUGGUGACUCAGCUGCCCGCGGUGGGGAGGGGGGCUGGCAGGCGGGAGAGGCUACUGGCCAAGUUUGUGGAGAACGAGUUCGAGAAGACGGACCGCCUUAUGGAGCUGCUGUUCAGGUACCAGUCCCGCGUGAGGGCGGAGGAGCGGCGCCUGGCGGAGGCGUUGGCGGAGGCGGAGGAGAACGAGCAGGCGAGAGAAGUUGACGAGGAGGAGUUGCUCCUGGCCCGACUCGAUGCGGGGUUGUUUACUUUGCAGCAGUGCUGUCUCAUAUUCGGUAACCUGUGGGCCACGGGGGACGUGGGGCUGAGGAAGCGGCUGCUGGCGCUCCUGCACCAAAAAGGACAGACACUGGGGCCCGUCAGGGAGGUCCUACUCGAGUACUACAACAGCAUUGGUGACGAGGGCGGCCCGGAGGAGGGGGCUCGAACUCGCAGCCACGUACGAGGAUUGCUGGAGGCCCUAGGGGCGCAACUGGAGGAGGAAAAGGAGGAGAUCAAACAGGCGGCGACGAAGGCGGUGGGCGGGGAGAACGGAGGGCAGGACGGACCCGUGGGUCGGCGGCAGCACCAUCAACGAGGGGGACGUGCAGGCGUGGGCGCAGCGGCGGCGGGGGCGGCGCGGGAGGAGGAGGAGGAAGGGGACAUGGAUGCUAUGGAGUUGGAUGAGGGGCCGCCACCGCCGCUGCCGCCCUCCUCCAGCGGUAGACCUGCUCCGGGCACCAGGGAGGGUGAGGGCAGGUACGUCCUACGUGGUGUAGCUGACUGGCUGGCUGGCUGGCUGGGUGCGUGA